AACUGGGGUCCUCCCGACCCCGCUUUCCUGUCUUUCUUUCUUUUCUCAAUUCCCACCUCCCUGCCUCAGCCCGGCUCAACCCUGUCAGGCUGGCCCUGGCAGAUCUGGCGCCCGAGCUAAGGGACUGAGGAACUGGGAAAAAGACGGUGAGGAACUCCGUCGGGCUUGGAGAGACGACGUGAGGAUCUCCUCCGGAUAAAGAGUGCACUCGUUAAGGUAACGGAGGAGCAAUUUUUUGAUAAUCGGGAGUAAAGCAUGGGGCAAUUAGAAUCUAGAGAAAAUGCCCUUUAUGGGCAAAUGUUAAAGUUUAUGUUCAAUAGUAGAGGAACUAAGGUUAAUGACAAGCAAGUAGAAAAUUUUUUAAAAUUCAUUCAGGAGGUCUGCAUUUCCUUAUCGAAUUUAAUACGGGAUUAUUUAGAUCCCACGCAUGACCAUAAUCAACCGUCUCUUAAGCCAGAAAAAAAGGAGAAGCAGCGUGAUAGCACAAAACAGGGGUCUAAAAAAGACAGUAUAUUAAAAAGAAAUAAUGUAACUUUUAAAGACAAUUCAACUCCUCAAUAUGAGGAGGAUUUUGAGGAAGCUGCUGCUCUCUGUCAUGAUGAUAAUACAGGUAUUGUUCAGGCAGAAGAGGAGGAAGAAUGUUUUUCUGCUGGAACUGAAGAGGGCAGUGAUAUAGAGGAUGUGUUGGAAUCCUUUUUAGAAACAUUAAAGCUUCUUGGCAAGAAAAAGAGAAGCCGCGGGGGCCGUUCCCGCCGCUCUCCGCUGCCUUGUGCAGCACCAGUUCCACUUUCCCCUCUCCAGAUGGCCUUGCAGGAGGCACGAAAGUGUGGUGAGGAAUUGGGCAUUCAUGCCUUCCCUGUUAUGGAACAGGUGAAUCCUCACACGGGACAGCGUGAGCGUGCUUAUGACCCGCUUCCUUUUAAAACCUUAAAAGAGUUAAAAACAGCCUGUGCUCAGUAUGGGCCCACUUCCCCUUAUACUUUAACCACCUUGGAAACGAUGGCCUCAGAGGCUCUCCCACCUAAUGAUUGGAGAGCUAUUGCCAAGGCCUGUUUAUCAGGAGGGGAUUAUCUCUUGUGGAAAUCAGAAUAUGAUGAAAAGGCUAAGGAACAAGCUUCUCGUAAUCGAGCGGCCCAGGUUAAUAUUUCUUAUGAAAUGCUGGUAGGUGAAGGAGUCUAUGCUGAUACCCACAAUCAAAUUCAAUACCCCCAGGAAGCUUAUGGACAGAUUAAUGGAGCUGGGGUCAGAGCCUGGAAAAAGUUACCCACCUCUGGUCAGAAAACAGAGGAGCUCUCAAAAAUUAUUCAAGGGCCAGAUGAAAAGUAUCAGGAUUUUGUCUCUCGGCUAUUACAGGCUGUUGGCCGAGUAGUGGUGGAUGGAGAGGCUGGCAUGCUAAUAGUUAAACAGUUGGCAUAUGAAAACGCCAACACUGCCUGCCAAGCUGCACUUCGGCCCUAUCAAAGACAGGGGACUCUCUCAGAUUAUAUCCGCAUUUGCGCAGAUAUUGGUCCCUCAUAUAUACAAGGAGUUGCCAUUGCGGCUGCAUUAAAGGGAACCACCAUUGAAGGAAUUCUUCAGCAACAAUUUAGCACAGGGAAAAGUCAAACAUACAAGUGUUACACUUGUGGAGGAACAGGACACAUGGCAAAACAGUGUCCUUCUAAUAAAGGGAUUAAUAAAGGAAAUGGCAGAGGUCCCAAACAACCUGGACUAUGCCCUAAAUGUAAAAAAGGAAAACAUUGGGCUAAUGAGUAUAAAUCUAAGACAGAUAUCCAGGGAAAUUCUUUGCCUCAACACCAGUGGAGAAACUACCAAAAGGGGCCAGCCCACCCACAGCAAAUAACAGGGGCAUUGUCUAUUUACCCUCCUGUCCUUAUGCCUUCUCAAGGCCAGCAGGCUGCACAGCACUCAGCCCGCCCCAGCGAGCAAAAUAGAUACAAGAACUAUUCUGAGCAACCCCCGGGAGUGCCGGGCUGGACCUUGGAUCCAUAG